GCCGAGGCGCGGGCGGGAGCGGCGGGAUGUCGGGGCCCAACGGAGACCCGCACGUGCUGGGCGGCGGCACCGGCCACGACGGCGACGACGACGGCGACGGCGACGACACCUUCGAGGAGGAAGAAUAUGCAGCAAUAAACUCUAUGCUGGACCAGAUCAACUCCUGCUUGGAUCACCUGGAGGAGAAGAAUGAUCACCUACACGGCUGCUUGAAGGAACUGCUGGAGUGCAGCCGCCAGACCCGUCUGGAGUUCCAGCAGCAGAACAAGCAGCUGAACAGUGGAGCUGAUGUGCAGGGAUCUCAGCCUCCUGCCUAGAGUCUGACCACACACCCUCAGCUGCUGUUGCUAAGGGGACAGUUACUGGUCACCAAUUUAAUGUAAAACUUGGAAUAGCAGAGGUGCCUCGUGUCUGUUA